AUGAGAUCAAAAUAUACAAAUGUUUUUUUCGGUCGAAAUGUAGGUCCAGGUGGAGCUGGAGCUAUCAAUAAUAAUAAUAAUAAUGAUAAUAAUAAUAAUAAUAAUAAUAAUAAUAAUAAUAAUAAUAAUAAUAAUAAUAAUAAUAAUAAUAAUAAUAAUAAUAAUAAUAAUAAUAGUAGUAGUAGUAGUAGUAGUAGUAGUAGUAAUAAUAAUAAUAAUAAUAAUAAUAAUAAUAAUAAUAAUAAUAAUAAUGUUAACUAA